AUGCCACGCCGCGAGUCUUCAUCACGACCUCGUCGGGACUCAUCCUCGCGACCUGAGGGCCACGGCCGCCGCCAUGAGUCUACCAACCGAGAUCGACAACGCAAGAAACGAUCGCGGAAUCCACGACUAGAUACAUCAUCCGGAGAAAACAGAGGCUCAGGACCAUUAUCAGCAGAUGCGCUGGCCCGGCUGGAACGACAGAAUGCGCGCGACAAGAGAAGGGAAGGACGGACACGGAAGGCGGAUCGCGUCGACUACCACGAAGUAGAGCAGGAACCCCGCAGGGAACGGGUGCACCGACGAGAACGUUCGGAAAGACCGAGAGAACGCACACGAGAUCGCAGCAGAAAUCAUGGCUACGACGGGGAGCAGGAGCAGGAGCUUGAAAGACCCCAGACAAAGAAGGACAGGAAGGACAAGAAGAAACGAAUCGUGAGCGGCGCCAUUAUGGAAGAGGGCAAGGCGCAACCCGCGCUUCGGGGAGGCCGUAACGAGGAUUGGCGAUCGAGUGAGCAAAGCUUCGACAAGCAAGAUUACUACCACCGACCCUCAAAAAAGAAGAAGAAGAAAAAGCUCAAGAAGAAAUGGUGGAUCAUCGGUGGCAUCAGUCUGGUUCUGCUCAUCAUCAUCAUCGUGGCCGCCGUGGUUGUGAGCCAGAAGAAGGGCGGCAGUAGCGACGACGAAAAUGGCGAUUCAAGUAGCUCGAGCGACGACAAGUCCAACCUCGACGGCGUAGACCGCGACUCAAUACCAGAAAAGUGGAGGAACACAUAUCUCGAUCCUUGGUCGUGGGAAACAACAAGCGGUUUCAACGUCACGUUCACGGAUGAGAUGGUCGGCGACUUGCCCAUCAUGGGUCUCGACAGCAAAUGGGACGACUCGAAGCGCGCGAACGACAAUGUUCCCCCCCUCAACAAGGCAUGGGGUUCCUACGUCAAGAAACCAGCGCGUGGUGUGAACCUGGGCGGCUGGUUCACCAUUGAACCGUUCAUUACGCCAUCACUCUUCCGUUAUCCUUCUGAUAAGGGCGUGAUAGACGAGUACACCCUGAGCAAGGAGCUCGGCGCUUCCAAGUCUGAGGUCAUUGAAAAGCACUAUGCGACAUUCAUCACAGAGAAGGACUUUCAGGAGAUCGCCGAAGCGGGUCUCGACCACGUGCGCAUCCCCUAUUCCUACUGGGCUGUUGAGGUCUACGACAGCGAUCCUUACCUGUACCGUACGUCGUGGCGCUACCUCCUCCGGGCGAUUGAGUGGGCGCGCAAGUACGGCUUGCGCGUCAACCUUGACUUGCACAGCGCACCUGGUGGGCAGAAUGGCUGGAAUCACAGUGGAAGGGAAGGGCCCAUAGGUUGGUUAAAGGGCGACGACGGCCAGUUGAACGGCCAGCGGUCGCUCGACAUCCACGACCGGCUGUCCAAGUUCUUUGCCCAGGAUCGGUACAAGAACAUCAUCACCCACUACGGCCUCGUCAACGAGCCCAAGAUGACGUCCCUCGACACGGACGAGGUCAUCCAGUGGACGGAGAAGGCCUACAAGAUCGUCCGCGACAAUGGGGUCGAGGCGUUUGUCAUAUUCGGCGAUGGCUUCAUGGGCCUGGACAACUGGCAGGGUCUCAUGACCGGCUACGACGACCUAGUGCUGGACGUGCACCAAUAUGCCAUCUUCAACCUGGAUCUUCUGGCUUUUACGCAUCAGAAGAAGGUGCAAUACGCCUGCAAGGGUUGGACCGACCAGGCGGAGCUCAGCAUGGAUCCCACGCAGGGCUACGGGCCGACCCUGUUCGCGGAGUGGUCGCAGGCUGACACGGACUGCCAGCCGCUCCUCAACGCCGGUGUCAAUGGGGCCCGGUGGGACGGCACGUCCAAGUCGGUGGACGGACCGAGCUGUCCCACCAAGGACGACUCGUGCUCCUGCUCAAUGCCGCUGGAGGACCCGAGCAAGUGGAGCGACACGUACAAGCAGUUCCUGCAGAUGUUUGCCGAGGCGCAGAUGCACAGCUUUGAGAAGGGCUGGGGCUGGUGGUACUGGACGUGGAAGACGGAGGACGCGCCGCAGUGGAGCUACCAGCUGGGCUUGAAGGCUGGUAUCCUGCCCAAGAAGGCGUGGGACAGGAGCUUCAACUGCGACUCGUCCGUGCCCGACUUUUCUAAGCAAGGAUUGUCGGAGAGCUAUUGA